GGCGGCUCAAGCGUCAUUGUGGCAAACACGUCCCUUACUGUCGCCAAAGAGCCGGCCAAGGAAAUUAAUGGUGAUCAGGUCAAUGGGGACGUGCAGCCUGCGAAGGGAAAUGAAUCUGGUACAAAAUCUAGUACGGCAGCAGCAUCAUCAUCAUCAACUACAACAGAAGUUAAAAGGCUGAAAAAAUCACAGGAACAAAACAUGGAUGUCACGCAAAUGUCUGGGAAGGAGGAAUCAACCAAGCAACAAUUAGACAAGGCGGAGGAUGGCAAAAAGGAUAUUACUGCAGAAGAAAAAGUGUCAACUAUGUCACCCUCAGAGGAAGCGAUGGAGGUGGGCAAGCCGGAAGCCUGCAUUAAAAGCACAGAUACACAUGAUGACAAGCAGAAGUCAGACAAGCCAACACGUGAAGGGACAUCCUCUGUCGAAAAGAGUAGCAAGCCCUCUUUCACUACGAUAAGAAAAGCUCCUUCAACGGGAGAGGAGAAAUCAACAUCAUCAAAGGCUGAUUCAAAAUCGUCUGAAACUUUAGAUAAUCAUGGGGUCGCACCAAAAGAAACGAACAUUCCAAAUUCGUCCAAGGAGAAAGCUGACUGUUCCAAAGAGCCUAACAUCACAGCAGUUCAGAAUGAUUCAAAAAAGCUGGACGGAGAAAAAGACAAGGAAAAACAACUACCAGUCGAUCAGACGGAUAAACCUGCCUGUUUUAAAACAACAGAGCCUGUGACGUCAUCGCCUCUAAACAAGGAGAAGAAAUCUUCUGUCUCGACAGAAGUAGAUAAAAGCAAAACAGAAAAAUCCUCCCUCGCAAAACGUGUAGAUGAACCACAGGUUUCAAUUGAAAAAGACAAACAGAAAGUGGGAGACAACAACAAACAGACCUCUGCAGAAGACGUAGGUAGGGCAUCUCUGACAGAAGACCUCAGUGUUUCUGAGAAGACAACUGGCCUUUCCGUUAUAAGAGAAACUAAGUCGCCCAACCUGACUAAUAAGAGUGAAGAUGGAACCACUAAAGAAGGUGACAAACCAUCUGCUAUAGAAACAACAAAGCCAUCUGUCAUAAAGGAACAGCUCAUGACUGGAACAGUAGCCAGGGGAGCUUCUGUGACUGAGAUGGCCUCCUCAAGUUCAACUGGUGGCACAGACAGGCAAAACGCAUCCAGUGAAACAAGUAAGCAAAGCAAGUCCUCUGCUCAAGAAGCUACAAAGUCCAGCCCAUCUGUAGUGAAGGAAAAAUCCCCAACCUCAAAAGAAGUGGUAAAACAUUUUCAGACUAAAGAAAGCAUUGAUCAACAGCCUUCGCUCGAAAAAAAGACAGAGAAAGCAGCCACUUUAACAGGGAAAGACGUCACAGAGAAGGAAGCCAGCUACAAGGUUUCAGAAACGAAAGGCACUUCGAAAGAAACCGAAAAAGAAACUGGUUCCACACCUCCGGUUUCAGUGGCUGACCCAAAGGAUGCAGACAGACUGGAAAGUGGUAAAGACAAGACUUCUGCUUCUGUGCCCAAAGAGCUUAUGAAGGAGACCAGAAAAGCAGAGAAAGAGACAGAGAAACAGCCGGCAAAGGAUGAAUCCUCAAAGCAUGGCCCUUCUGUCAAACGCAAGGAAGAGCCCAUGGAGGUUCUGCACACUGUUCCUGAGCCUAAAAAACUCUCAUCGGUCAGUGAGGCUGGAAGAGCAGGAGAAAGGAAAGACAAGGAGGAGAAGGCGGAGGACAAGAAAAGCCAGGCUGAAAAGAUUAAAGCAAAUAUGGACAAGACUGAAAAGGUAGAGGACAAGAACGAUGGGGCCAAAAAGACGGAAAAGAUGGACAAGGCUGAAAAAGUGGAAGAGAACAAGGUGUCCAAGAAGGCGGAGGAAAAGAGGGAUGAGUCCAAGAAGGCAGAGUACAAGAAGGCGGAGGACGAGAAGGCUAAGUCCAAAAAGGCGGAGGACAAAGCCGGGACAAAGAAGGCAGAGGAAAAGAAGGCGGAGGAAAAGAGGAAUGAGUUCAAGAAGGCGGAGGAAAAGAAGGAUGAGUCCAAGAAGGCGGAGGAAAAGAAGGCCGAGUCCAGGAAGGCGGAGGAAAAGAGGGAUGAGUCCAAAAAGGCGGAGGACAUAAAGGCAGAGUCCAGGAAGGCGGAGGAAAAGAAGGAUGAGUCCAAGAAGGCGGAGGAAAAGAGGAAUGAGUCCAAAAAGGCGGAGGACAUAAAGGCCGAGUCCAGGAAGGCGGAGGAAAAGAGGGAUGAGUCCAAAAAGGCAGAGGACAAGAAGGCCGAGUCCAGGAAGGCGGAGGAAAAGAGGGAUGAGUCCAAAAAGGCGGAGGACAAGAAGGCCGAGUCCAUGAAGGUGGAGGAAAAGAAGGCGGAGGAAAAGAUGGAUGAGUCCAAAAAGGCGGAGGACAAGAAGGCCGAGUCCAGGAAGGCGGAGGAAAAGAAGGAUGAGUCCAAGAAGGCGGAGGAAAAGAGGGAUGAGUCCAAGAAGGCCAAGUCCAACAAGGCGGAGGAAAAGAGGGAUGAGUCCAAGAAGGCAGAGGAAAAGAAGGGAGAGUCAAAGAAGGCGGAGGAAAAGAAGGAUGAGUCAAAGAAGGCGGAGGAAAAGAAGGAUGAGUCAAAGAAGGCGGAGGAAAAGAAGGAUGAGUCAAAGAAGGCGGAGGAAAAGAAGGAUGAGUCUAAAAAGGUGGAGGAAAAGAAGGAUGAGUCCAAAAAGGCGGAGAAAAAGAAGGCCGAGUCCAAGAAGGCGGAGGACAAGAAGGCGGAGUCCAGGAAGGCGGAGUCCAAGAAGGCGGAGGACCAGAAGGCCGAGUCCAGGAAGGAUGAGUCCAAGAAGGCAGAGGACAAGAAGGCAGAGUCCAGGAAGGAUGAGUCCAGGAAGGAUGAGUCCAAGAAGGCGGAGGACAAGAAGGAUGAAUCCAAGAAGGUGGAGGAAAAGAGGGAUGAGUCCAAGAAGGCAGAGUCCAAGAAGGCCGAGUCCAAAAAGACAGCGGAAAAGAAGGAUGAGUCCAAAAAAGUAAAAGAGAGGAAAGACAAGGCUGAAAAGAUGGAUGAAAAUAAAGCGUCUUGUGCAGAAACAACCCCCAUGGACUGUGAUGAACCUGCCCAGAAUGACCAGGAGAAAAACAAGUCCGGAUCCGAGGAUAAGCCAGAACAGGACCCGAAACAAGAUGAUGAUAAAGAUGACCCUUGCAAGGAAAAGAAAAAAGACGACUCCAUCAGUUCUGAGGAAAGCAAGGAGAAGGAUGGAGAAAAGACAGACGAACCCGAUAAAUCGGCGGCACAAACAGAAGGUGGGGAGGGCCGUGAAAACGAGGGCUUGCGCCUGAAGAUCCGCAUGGCCGCCCACCGCAGGAAAGCGGAGCUUCAGAGAGAGGAGACGAGGGCAGACUCCGAGUCGGAGGGGGGGACGGGAGGGGGCUGA